AUGACGAAAAACCUUGUAAUUGGGUUUACCGGCACCAUCGCCAGUGGAAAGACGGUGCGCUGCCAUCGCCUGUUACAAAUCGCCAUCAGACAUCAACUUGACGCCCUCGACGCGACGCCGCCAGGUGUGGGGACGUGGCAGUUGUCGCGGGAGGAGGCCGUGCAGUUGGCGUCCUCGGACGUAGCGUGUGACACCCCCUUGACCGCAUGUCAAGCUCGGUACCUGCCGCUGUUACGGAAUAGCACGCUGCGUGUGGGAUAUCUCAACGCGGAUCUCCUGGGGCAUACGGUCUACUUGCCCGGAACCCUUUGCUACGAUCAACUGAUUCGACACUUCGGUGAGGCCAUCCUCACGCGGGGUGCGGCACAGAGCAGGGAUGAUGACCAUUCCCCAUCCAGCGCUAACGAUAAUCUCAGGAAGACGAGAAACGCGACACCAUCAGGCCCCGAGGCUGGGAGCUUUUCCGCCCCACUGAUCGACCGUCGCGUGUUGGGACGAAUCGUCUUUGCGGAUCGGUCGCAGCUCUCCGCGCUCAACACAAUUUGCCGCCCGCACCUCGUGGAGGCCUUUCGCACGCGGCACCAUGCCUUCGUCGGGGCCUCCGCGAAGGCCGGCAAACGGGUAAGCUUGCUCAUCCUUGAGGCUGCUCUUCUUUUGGAGAUGGCAGCGAUGCUGCAUAGCUGCACAGAGGUUUGGAUCACGAGCUGCAGCGUGGCGGUGGCAACGUCGCGGCUUUGCCUUCGAAACAGCCUCACGGAUGCCGAGGCCACGCAGCGCAUCGCCGCGCAGGCGACUCUCACUGAGAAGCUGAAGACCUUUCGUCGGAUGGGAUUGGCUGGUGGGUUGAGACACUUUGAUACGUCCGAGACGACCCUGGAGGAAGGUCUGCGGCAGGUGGAUGUGGCGUUUGAAGAUUACUGGCGGGAUAAAAUUAAGCCGUGUCUCUAG